AUGUUGUCACGAAUCAAUAUAGCAACUAAAAAUAUUACAAAAGUAGUGAGGGACAUUAGGUUUAAUUCUACUAAACCUUUAUCACUAAUUCGUGGAAGAAAUAUAAAUGAAAUUAUUCAGAAACGUAAUAUUUUGUUUAGAAUGUGCAAUGAAGUACCUCAUAGAAUUACUGGAUAUUAUGUAGUUUUUCCAGCUAUACCUGAUGAAGAUAAAGAUAACAAUAGAUUUUUAGCUAGUAUAGAAAAUCACGAAGAUUGGCCUGCCUUAAAAUCUGCUUCACCUAGAGAGUUUUACCAAGGAACUGUACGUCUUGUUAUGGAGUAUGGAGCAACAACUUUUAAUCAUUUUGAACAUUUAGAAAAAUUAUUCAAUGUUGAUCCUGAAGCUGUAGCUAGUUAUGAAACAAUUCUUGAACCAAUAUUAUCACAUGAAUAUGAUGUGGAAUAUGCUUUUCAUACUCUAAUUUUAAAAAUGCAUACAGAUUGGCCAGAGUGUACUAAUAAAGAAUUUGAAUCAGAUAUGUAUCAUCUUCGAAUAAUGGUUGCUAGAGAGAAAAUUGAAAAGUUAUGUAAGCCUUCUUUUACUAAUGCUUUAAGAAGUAUGUAUAAAAACCAAAAUCCUGAUGCUGAAAAAAGUGAUAAAGAAAAAUGGAUAAUAAGACUUAUUGAAAAUUUACUUCUUGAAGAAAGGGCUAGUGGUCAUGAUAAAACUGAUAAAAAAACAAGAAAAUUAUUAGGUUCUUGGAACAAAUUUAUUGAUAAGUAUCGUGCUACUUAUAUUACAAAUAUUAUGGCAACUAAUGAUCAAGUAAGAUUUAGUAUAACAAAUAAAGAUGUUAUAAAAGGUGCUCCACCACAUGUUUUAAAAGAGUUAGCUGUAAAUAAGAAAAAUUAUAAAAAUGGACCAUGGAUGGCAAGAUUAUGCCCAACUAGCAUUAUGCCAUUUAUGAAAUAUUGUAAGGAUAGAACAUUAAGAGCAGAAGCAUGGGAAAAGUGGGUUUCACGAGCUUCUUUUGAACAUGAUUUUUACAACAAUUCUAUAAAUAUUGAAGAAAUUCGUCACAACCAUGAUGGUAUGGCUAAAACAUUAGGGUAUUCAUCUGUUUCACAACAUAGAUUAGCCAAUAAAAUGGCUGGAUCACCUGCUAUUGUAAGGAAAUUUUUGACAGAAUUAAACAAACGAAUACGACCAGUUUUUUUUGAUAGAUUAGAUGCUUGGCAGGAGUACGCUCAGAAAAAGGAAAUGAUUAGCAGUAAAAUUGGAGCUCAUGAUUUAUUUUAUAUUUGUGGAAAAGAAGCUUUUGAUCACUAUAAUGUUAAUGAACUUGAAAUGAUGAAUUAUUUUUCAUUUUGGGAUACAUUUGAUAAUAUAACUAAGAUCGCUGGACAUUUACUUAACAUUAGUUUCAAUGAAAUUCCUGAUGGUCUUGAAAAAUGUCAUCAUUCUGUUAAAAUUUUUAAUGUAACUGAUAUGUCUAAUGGCAAACAUCUUGGAAGAUUAUACAUUGAUCCUUUCGAAAGAAAAAAUAAACGAGGAUCAUGGUUAACAUUACUUGGAAGACCAGCAAAUGAGGAAAAAAAUCUUGAUAAAAUAGUUUAUAUGAUUGCUCAAGGAAAUGAACCAGACAGUCAAGGUAAUUCAUUAUUACAUUAUUCACAAUUACAAAAUCUAUUAUUCCAUAUUGGUCGUUCUAUUCAACUACUUUUAUCUCAAUCACCAUUCAGAGAUACAACUAUACCAUGGGCUCCAAUGUAUGCUGCAGAUUGGGAUGGAGCAGAUUUAUUACCAACAUUUUUCCAAUUUUUUAUUUACAAACCAAAUUUAUUACAAGCAAUGUCUUCACCACAUGCUAUAAAUGGUACAGAUUUAUCAGAAGAUCUUGCUAACAAUGCCUCAUUAUCUUUUUCAAGAGCCACAUUAUGGGAAACAUAUAGAACACUUUUUUGGUCAGAUUUUGAUUUAACAAUAUAUGAAAUGGAAAAUAGAAAAGAUAAAUUUUGGGUUGAUUUAUAUCGUGAGAUGUACAAAGAAUAUUUCCCUUUCAAAAUGCUUAAAAAUGACUAUCAUCCAUGUUCAUUUACACCAAUAUUUUCUAUGGUAUCUUAUAUGAGUAUGUAUUAUAGAAAACUAUGGAGAGAAAUGUUAGCUUUUGAUGUUCAUAAUACUUUUGCUCAAGAAAAGGAUGAAAAAAGUACUGGUGAAAGAUUGAAGCAAACUAUUUUAUAUCCUGGUUCAAAGGAACCACAAGAAAUAUUAUAUAGAAGAUUCCAAGGUAGAGAUCCUUCUGUUGGACCAAUUUGUGAUUUCUAUGAUCCUUCUGUUAUUUCUGAUUUAGAAAAUGUUAAAGAAGCAAUCUAA